AUGGAAAAUAAAAGAAAGCGCGAACGUAGUUUCGAGUACCUAGAAAAAUCUAUACUUAUUGAGAUAGUUACAGAACACUUCGCUGUAAUAGAGUCUAAAAAGACGGACGGAUUAAGCAUAAAACUAAAAAACGCCGAGUGGCAAAAAAUUGCGGAGAAAUUCGCUGCAGCAUCAUCAACUUACCCAAGGGACUCCCAUAGCUUGAAAACGCUGUGGGAGAAUCUCAAAAGGAAGGCGAAGGUGGCAAUGGCUAUAGAAGCCGAUAACAAUUACGGCACAGGAGGCGGAAAAGCUAUGAAAUCAGUAGCUGAUCCAAUAGUGGACGUAGUUGUUGGUCUUAUUGGCAAAAAAGGAGUGUCUCGAAGACCAGCCCUGACCACCACAUUACAAUCAGAAACAUUUCUGGAAGCUAAAAAAUUGUCUCUUGAUGCAUCGAGUAGGGAUGCCGGAGAAGAGCAUAAAUUACAAAUGAAAAUCUUACGGCUAAGGGUAGAACAAGAGGCAGAAAAAUUAAAACAAGAAAAAAUGAAGACUGAAAUACUAAAACUCCAGUUCCAGCGUGAGUCUGGAACAGAAUGGGUAUUUGACGACAACAAUGAGGCUGAUAAUACAGACUAA